GAACUUUCUUAAAUUUUUUUUUUGAUUUGAACCUAGAUCUAAAACUACAUCAACGAUGGCUGUUCUGACAACUUCAGUUGCAGGUAUUGUCGCUGGUAGAAACCCAUUAGAGUACUCGGCUUCAUCACCGUAUACCAUUUUUCUUUUCCAAGCAGUCUUUAUCAUUUUAUUAUGCCAACUUGUGAACUACCCACUCAAGAGAUUACAACAACCUCGUGUCAUUGCAGAGGUUGUCUCUGGUAUUCUCCUUGGACCAACAGUCAUGGGUCGUAUUCCUAACUUUUCCAACACGUGUUUUCCCAAGGCUUCUCUCCCGGGCUUAUCUUUGAUGGCCAAUGUUGGGAUCAUUUUAUUCUUAUUCAUUAUUGGAUUGGAAGUCGAUAUCACAUUUAUCAAGAAGAACUUGCGUGCAUCUCUCACGGUUGGGAUGAUUAAUAUGGCUAUCCCAUUCGGUUUAGGAUGUGCCAUUGCCAAGGGUAUCUACGACGAGUACCAUUUGAGUGAUGAUACCCUCCCAGACAUUAAGUUCACCACAUACAUGGUUUUCAUUGCCGUGGCCUUGUGUAUCACUGCCUUCCCAGUCCUUGCCAGAAUUUUGACUGAAUUAAAUCUCAUUGGUGACCGUGUGGGUACCAUUGUUCUUGCCGCUGGGAUCACCAACGAUUUAGUUGGUUGGAUUCUUUUAGCCCUUGUGGUGACUCUUGCAAAUGCUUCAAAUGGAUUAAACACUUUGUAUAUCUUACUUGUUGCCGCUGGGUGGUUCUUAUUCUUGUGUUACCCUGUAAGAUUAUCAAUGAGAUUCCUCCUCAAGAAGUUUACUUCGGAUUUACAAACCGGUGAACCUUCUCAAGUUCUGAUGUUACUGAUCAUUGUUUUGGUAUUUAUUUCAGCUUUCUUCACUGAUAUUAUCGGUGUCCAUCCUAUUUUUGGUGCCUUUAUGGUUGGGGUUAUUGUUCCUAGGGAUAAUGGUUAUGUCAUCAAAAUCACAGAAAAAUUGGAAGAUUUGGUUAAUGUUGUCUUAAUUCCUCUUUAUUUUGCCAAUGCAGGGUUAAGUACCAAUUUGGGUUUACUUAACCGUGGUAUCGAUUGGGGUUAUACCAUUGGAAUCAUUCUUUUGGCUAUGGUUGGUAAGAUUGUAGGAGGGUUCUUUGCCCUGAGACUUAACAAAUUACUCUGGAGAGAAUCAUUGGCCGUCGGUGUUUUGAUGUCUUGUAAAGGUAUUGUUGAAAUUGUCGUUCUUUCAGUUGGUUUAAACGCUGGAAUUAUUUCUCAAAAAGUAUAUUCUAUGUUCAUUGUUAUGGCCUUGAUUACUACUUUUGCCACCACCCCAUUGGCUCUCUUGGUAUAUCCUGUUGAAUACAGAGAAAAGAGAGAUAAGUUUAUUAAUGGAGAAAUUAAUUGGGAUGGUACUCCAAUUGCAAAGUCGAAGAAUGCUGCUAGUCAAAGUAUAGACAGCUCUCUGCAUUCAUUGGAAACUACAUCUCUUAACUCUAUGAGCAUUGAAACUAUUAGUAAAUUUCAAGUUUCUAAACUUGUGGUUUUAGUUAAGAGCUUGAAUACUAUUUCUAAUCUCAUGCACUUUGUCCAUGAUUUCGCCUCAAUGUCCAAAACUGAAAAUGAUAACAAUUAUAAGGUUGAUGUCAAAGCCCUUCAUUUGAGGGAAUUUACAUCGCGUACUUCUCAUUUGUUGGAAGUUUCCGCUCAGAAAAGUGAAGAUCCUUUAACUGAUGAGUCAAAUUCAUCAUCAAUCUUAUCAAUUUUAAGGAUUUUCACAGAAAUGUUGAAUGUCCACUUUACAUCUCUGUCCAUUUUAUCUCCAAAUAAAAACCAUGUUUUCAGCAUCAAUGAACAAAUCUUGGAAUCAUCUAGUUUGUUGAUUGGUAGUCACUCAAUUAAGCUGGCCUUACCUGAAGAUGAAUUGAAUAACUUUUUUGUUGAAAAUAAUGUCAACUCUGAGGAAUCAUCAGAUUUCUCUUUGUACAAAAAAUUAUUCCAUUCUUGUAAAUGCCAUUUUGGUUUACUUCUUUCUAAUGAAGGAGUGACCUCUGAAAAUGAGAAGAGUUAUCUGGAUGAAGCAGAUGCUUCUACAUUGCACAAGCAUGAUUCAAGUGGUCAAUUGUUCGGCAGGAAGGCUAUUAACUUGGUAUUGAAUCACGAUAGUGUCUUGAGUGCUAGUGACUUACUUGCAUUGCACGUUACUUUUAAGUUAGGUUUCAACUCUGCACAGGUAAAUAUCUUUGUUCAAUCUUCGAUAACAACUGCUCCUAGAGGGUUCGACCAACAGAUCGAAAAAUUAAUUCAUUACAACUCAGGUAUUGAUCUUGUCAUCCAUCACAUCAAGGAAUCGGUAAAUUUCACUGAUGAAAUUGUGAAAUACAGACCCCAAAUUUCCCUGGAAUUGCUUAUUGUUGCAAACAAUAUUGGUAGGGAAGAGUCAACUCUUUUUGACAAAAAUGUCACUCAAAUUGUUGACAUGUCUGUAUUGGAAGGUGUUGAUGUUCUUAUCGUCAAGGCUUUCCAAUCCAACUAAGUACGAAGAUUUAAUAGUAUUGAAUAUAAAAGAGUUCUCAGAAUUCAAAC